GAUACCGACGCUUUCUUGGGCACGAUCAUUACCACAUUGAGAGCAACGGGCUGCUGAGUGACCAUGGAGGCUGCAAGGUCGAGCUUGCGGAUGGACCCCUGGCUGCUUGGCAUGCCACUACAUCGUCCACCUACCAAAAGCUGACCGGAUCCCGAGCGCCCACCUGUCUGCUUCAUGUGAUUCAUUUCAUCUAAGCUGACAUCGGUCUAUGAAACGCUCGACCAGCCACCUGUAUUAGAGGCGGCUGUACAUAGAACAUAUCUGUCUAUCUUGCCCAUCAUUCGCUUGAAGCUCAUCGUCGAUCCGUCAUACCAGUUGGCCAUACUUCAAAAUGAAUUCCUUUCGUUCCAAGCAAGAUUACAUGUUCGCGACGUCCUCGCGACCCAAGCUCGCAGCGGUGACCAAACCGUUUUUAGAUUUAUGCCGGCGCACCGAGACCAUGCUGGAACAAAUUACUGGCGGCAUGGUCGAGACAGAAGCCGAGUGGGAUCGCAAGCACGAUCGUCGCAGCGCCGCACCGGGUAUGGUUCUUGUGAGCCCAGAUGCAAAAAGGACUCGAGGUGGCGGAUCGAGUACGGCGGGUAACAAUACUUGGGGCAGGACCCGGAAACUAGGAGGUGUGGAAACUUGGGACGAUAAUAUGGAGGAAUAUGCAUUCCAGAAGAAAGAGGUCAAGUGCAAAUCUUGUAAGCUCAUCUUUGCAGAGAGGACAGGGCUCGACAUGCACUAUAGGCUUUUCCCGGAGCAUUCUGAUCGAACAGCUUUCAAGGAAAUGACAUCCGAUGAAUAUUUUUCGCAAUCAAGAACUAAUCAGCCUUCAAUAUGCCCGCAUCCCCGUCCUCGCGGGCACAGGAGGAGCGAAACCCUCGGCGUAAUACCAACAGCAUCGUCGCAGAUGGCCUCCUCUGCAUCUGCACACGAUCCACCAGAUGAAAGUGGGAGUGGAGACGGGUCUGUGAAAAGGAGCGACCACGAGGAGCAAGAAGAAAUGAUGUACGUUCAGCGAGGGGAUACGGCGAGAAAGGAUAGCCACUUGCGCUCGUACUCGCUCGGUGCCGCGGAUCUUCUCGACUUCGCCUGGUCUGAGAGCCAAGAUCAGCCGCAGCCGGAUCUGGAGCUAUCGUCAUACAUUGGUGCUCUGCCUCCACAGUUGACAUCGGCGCAAGUUUCUAGCACAGUAUCCUCGUCGAGGAGUAGUUCGCGGAAUGAGAUGGUGGGUGGGCACAAGCGUACCGAUUUCUUCGGUUCCACCAGCUCAAUCGGAACCGGCGUGUUGCGCGAUUAUCCUAUACGGCCAGCGCACGGAAGACGAGGAUCGUCAAGCUCCAUCGGCGUUGACCUACCGCGUUCUUACUCUGGGGUUGCGCUAGCGAACGGCGGCCAGAGCGCUUCAGUCGAUUCAACGCGCUCGUUCGGGAUGGGCGGCGGCCCGAGCAGCUAUCCUCGCCAGUCACACGGUGGACGUCGAGAUUCGACCAUCUCCAUUGGCUCGCUAGACGUUAGCGUGCGGCGUUCCGACCCACAGCGACCCUUUAUGGAAGGCGAGAGCAGCUCCUUUGAAUCAAUCAGGUUUAUUGAGUCGGUUGCUGCUGCUGGAGUCGGAGCGUAUUCCCCGCCGAAAGCUCGCGAACACACCAGCUCGAUCAGGUCUAUUGGCGCUGGUCUCUCGCGGAUGCAUGCUCGGCGACCUGCAAAUGACCCCAAGGACACUUCCAACUCGAUCAGUUCGGUCGUGGACAGCGUGCCGGGAACAUCUGCCAGUGUCUCAGCACGCGAGCAGAAGGACUUGGCGAAUUAUCUCAACGCAUUCGGCGCGGCUGAUGUUCUGCGACCUGCACAAACAUCAGAAAGGGCUCUCAAUUCACCUGCACCGGCACCUGCGCCACCGCCUGUUCCCCUGCCACCGCCUUUGCCACCCCUACCUGUCGUGCCGAGACGACAACCGCUGCAACAGAAGCCAGCUCCGCCCGUCCCACCGCCACCUGUGCCGCUUCGAAAAGCGACAUUCCCCCUGCCUCCGUCGAAAGCACAGGGUGUGCAGACACGACUCGAACACGAAAAGGACAUGCCCAUUGCUGUGCUGAUGAACGAUCUGGAGGUUGUGCGCGCGCAUCUGAGCCAGGAAUUGGAGACAGAGCACGUCCAGAGGCAACUGCAGCUACAGCAACAUCAACGAACGAAGCAAAACAACGGAGCGUCCUCUGAGAGUGCCGGAGACUUGGGGCGAUUCUUGCUGCUUUCGAUCAAGGGCAAGCCCAGCGGUGGUGGGAUAUGUUCCAACAUUCCACCUGCGUCGUCUGCCCCUAUCGUGAUGCCCAGUCAGCAACAAAGCUCAAGAAGAAAUCAUCAUCUUUCUUUACAACAGCGAAGCGGUUCCACCGCGAUGACAGAUACGAUCGUAUCCUCAUCACAAGAGUACCUUGCGCCGUCUGCAGACAUGGCCGCUGCCUCCAGCACCGAUGCCUAUCCUUCGCAUUGGGAAGAGAUGCGAGCGAAAGCUCGAGAGCCACUGAUGAUGGUUCGCGAUGGCUAUAGCAUGGGCCCCAGUAGAAGCACUAGCGACACAGAGGGGAUCACCGGAGCUUCCUCCUUUGAGCCGCAGCUACACUCGGCCACAGGAACAUUGAUAGCGUGGACAUCACAGGACCGUAAUUCAACAGAUUCUGAAGAUGCAGCAGAGCAUUUGUGCAACGUCAACAAAUGCACCAGCAUACCGACGCUCCCUUUACCAUUUGAAAACUCCUCUAUCUGCGAUUCGCCGCUCUUAGGCGCCAGCGAUGAGAUGCGGCUAUGGACCAAGUUCCAAGACCCCGAGUCGCUUUCGUCUACGUCGGACCUGUCGCACUCGAAUGAUGGCCUUGAAGAGCCCAAGAAAGCAACUGGGCCAGGGCAGGUGAACCAAACCAUCUCACCAAGUGGGUCGUAUCCGCUACCAUCACGGAUGAAUGUUAGUACGCAGAGCAACGACGCCUCCGCCACCCCUGCCGCCGUUAAUGGACAGGUGCCGCGGGUCGAUUCCUGUUUUCAAGUGCCCACAGCCACAGCGCAGAAUGCAUCCUCCUCUCCACCUGUGCCAUCGUAUCCGGCGCGCCCAGCGCGAAGACUUGCGCCUGCCCUCCCUACAGGUGCGCGAAGAGCGUCGCUGGGCCCACCACCGCCACUACCACCGAUGCCAGCGGUUGAUCCUUUCGCUUGACGCGCGCAGCGUCGAGAUUCUUAUCUGGCCGAUGUUUCCCCUUACACUUGCGCAAAUUCGCUAAGUGACGCACGACAAGCAUGCCAAUAUUGUCGCAAAAAGAAUCAAGUCCAGCCGCCGAAUUAGCGUACCAUUUUGCCCUCUGUGAUGCAUUCUGCAAGCACCUGAGUGUAUUCUACCAACCAAAUACAGCAUCGUUGAUCCUUCCCAGCAAGCCGCUCCCUGGUUGUUGACCCUUAGCCGAUCCGCCAGAGGCUCCCUCAUUGCCCGCAGGCCGCUGUGCGAAAAGCGAGCUGGCCGCCGUCGGCCCAACUGAGCUGGUACCAGCUGAUGUGCCGCCGAAAGCAGCAUUGCGCAGCUGGGUUAAAGGGUUGCCAUUGCUCCCACUGCCACUUCCCCUUGCGCCACCGGAGGCUGAGGGACUGGACGCGAAGACGGCGUUCUUAGAGCCGAU